CCUUUCCCAGGCCACGUUCGCCUCCAGCCAAGCCAGAGUGCCAGACCAUAGUCUGAGUAUCGAGUGCCACGGAACCCUGACCGCCUGUGUUCCACCCCAAGACCAUCUUCCUUUCUCCAGCCUACAGUUUCAACAGCUAACACCUAUUUUUUUUUGCAGGCUAAAGGAUGUCAGCUGAGCCGGUAAGCCCCUCGCUCAAAGACCUGCCGAAGGUCGCCGUCGAUCUGAAGACUCAGCUCGAAGGGUUCAACACCGAUCGUAUGAAGCACACGGACACGGAGGAGAAGAACCCGCUUCCCACUGCCGAAGACGUGCAGCAGGAGAGGCAGCGAAACGAGCUCAUUCACGGUGUUGAAAAUUUCAACACGGAUAAGCUAAAGCGUACGAACACUGCCGAGAAAAUCGUUCUGCCGAACGCUCAAGAUGUCGCUAUCGAAAAGACCCAGAGGGACCUUUUGCUCGGAGUGCAGUCUUUCGAGACCUGCAAGCUCAAGCACACCGAGACCCAGGAGAAGAACCCGCUCCCAGAUAAAGAUGCUGUUAUGCAGGAGAAGGUUCAUCAAAACCUUAUCUCCGGUGUAGAAGGCUUUGACAAAAGGACAAUGAAACAUACCGAAACAAAGGAAAUGAACACCCUACCAGAUCCUGAAGUGAUCGAGGCUGAAAAGGGUCAGCUGAAUCUCUUCAAGGGCAUUGAGAAUUUCGACACUACAAAACUGAAGCAUACUGAGACUUGCGAGAAGAACCCACUGCCUACUACAGAAAUUAUCAAUCAGGAGAAGAUGGCAUAAAAUGUGAUAGCACGUCCUUUCUCGGUUAAAAGACGGGAUCAAACGUUUUCUAUAUUUUAUAAAAGAUUAUAAAAAAAAAUCUAAAAACUUUACUUUGUCAUUACAUUACUUAUUUAUGUACCCAAUCGUAGGAAUUUUUUAAAGAAAAGUCAUUCAUUAAGGUGGAAUAAAUUUUUAAAAAAAUUUUUAAAAAUAACUAUAAAGCUGUGUAGAGAAAAAGACAUGCUUUUGAAUAUUAUAUUGUCGUAUACUACAAAUUGUGAAUAUUUUUUAA